UUUUUUUUUGGUCCUAAGAUUGGUUUCUGGUGGAGGAACAGUUACAUGGCUGUCAUGAAAAUGAAAGCAGGAGCUCCAGAGUAGAUUUUUCUAUAAUGCCAUUUCAUUAUAAAUAAGAUACCAUUUUUGUCCAUUUCCUUACCAUUUGACACUGACAAUUUUAUAUACAAUUGAAUCACCCAUCAACAUGUCCUCAUUAAACAUUUCCAUCAGAAAGACAAGUUUUUCUCUUCAAAAUUCACAGUAGAAAAACAUGAGAAAGGAAUUGAAGAGACAGGCGAAAGUCGGUGUUGGGAUUGAGCCCUUGUGGAAGUGUCUGAGCAAGGAUCUGUGUUCUGUUUUGCCCAAAGUUGCCCCGAAUCUGGUGGAAAGUGCAAAGGCUGUUGAAGGAGAUGGAAGGCUUGGCACUGUUUUCCUCUUUACUUUUGGUUCAGGUGUUCUAAGUAUGAAGUACCAGAAGGAGAAGAUUGAUGAUCUCAACAAACUGGUACAUCGAAUUGGGUUGCAGGUGGAGACUGCAGUUGAUGUCUUGGAGUAUGAGCUCAAACUAGAAAACGAAGAUGAUACUUCCUUGCGGUUGAAGAUCAUAUCUUCUUCUCUUGCUUUCAUCGAGUGCCUCGGAGAUUAUCUCUCCAAGCGGUGAAGCUUCAACGAGGAUGUAGCGAUCCUCAU